GAGGUAGACUUGGGAAAGUUAAAGGCCCAACAUUCCGAAUUUCAGGAGUGCAAGUGAAUGCAAAGCUAGUCAUCUCUCAUGAAGAAGAGUUGGCACCAUUGCACAAAUCCAUUCCUUCAGAUCCAGAAGAAAGGAAAAGAUAUGUCAUCCCAUGCCACACCAAGGCAGCUCAUUUUGAUAUAGAUUGGGGUAAGGAAGAUGAUUCCAAUCUGUUAAUAGGUAUCUAUGAAUAUGGCUAUGGCAGCUGGGAAAUGAUAAAAAUGGAUCCUGAUCUAAGUUUGACACAGAAGAUUUUACCUGAUGAUCCAGAUAAGAAGCCCCAGGCCAAGCAGUUACAGACCCGUGCAGAUUACCUCAUUAAAUUACUGAAUAAAGACCUUGCAAGAAAAGAAGUGCAAAGAUUUACUGGUGCAGGCAAUUCAAAGAGGAGGAAAACAAGAACUAAGAAGAAUAGAACAACAAAGGCUGAAAAAAUUAAAGAAAUAAAAAGUGACUCCUCAUCACCACCCUCAGAAAAAUCUGAUGAAGAUUAUGAGGAUAAUGAGGACAAGAUUGUUUCAGUGAAAUAUCCACAUAAAAAAAUAAAAGCAGAAGAAGAAAAUGAAAAGCCUGAGCCAGAUAUUGGUAUAAAGAAGGAAGCUGAAGACAAAAGAGAGACAAAAGAAAAAGAAAAUAAGAGGGAUUUGAAAAAGGAGAAAAAAGAAAAAGACAAUAAGAAAGAAUUAAAAAAUAUUAAAGAAAAGAGAGACAACAAAGUAAAAGAAUCCACACAGAAAGAAAAAGAAAUAAAGGAAGAAAAGGUAAAUGAAAUCAAAUCUGAAAAUAAAGAAAAAAAUAAAAAAGUUUCAUUAUUGGAUAUUCCAGUUCAUAUUACUGCAACUAGUGAACCAGUUCCUAUAUCUGAAGAAUCUGAAGAACUGGAUCAGAAGACAUUCAGUGUGUGCAAAGAAAGAAUGAGGCCUGUCAAAGCAGCAUUGAAACAACUGGAUAGACCAGAGAAAGGCCUUUCUGAAAGGGAGCAGCUGGAGCAUACUAGACAGUGCUUAAUCAAAAUUGGGGACCACAUUACUGAAUGUCUAAAGGAGUACAAAAAACCUGAGCAAAUUAAACAGUGGAGAAAAAACUUGUGGAUUUUUGUCUCUAAGUUUACAGAAUUUGAUGCCAGAAAGCUGCACAAGCUGUAUAAACAUGCAAUCAAAAAACGCCAAGAAUCUCAACAACACGUUGACCAUAAUAUUAGCAGCAGUGUGAAUACACAUGUAAUUAGAAAUCCAGAUGUUGAAAGACUGAAAGAGAAUACAAACCAUGAUGAUAGUAGCAGGGACAGUUAUUCUUCUGAUAGACAUUUGUCACAAUACCAUGAUCAUCGUAAGGACAGGCAUCAGGGAGAUGCUUAUAAGAAAAGUGACUCUAGGAAAAGGUCCUAUUCAGCCUUCAGCAAUGGAAAUGACCACAGAGACUGGGAUCACUAUAAACAAGACAGCAG